CAAAACGAUUUUUGAUGAUCCAGAAACCGAUCCAAGAGAAAUUUAAAAGUUCUUUUUUCCCUUUUCUUUCAUAUUUGUUUGUUCUGUUUCUGAAAGAUGAUACAAUGUAUAAAGCAGCUCAAAACGGCAUUUGGUUUGGCGUUUUUGUGGCUUGUUUGUUUGAUUUACUUCACCCAGGGUUUCAGAUCAUUCGUAUGGACAGCAGUUUCUUACCAGUUGAAAGAUAGGCUUAAGUUGUCACCUUCGGCUUCCCAAUUUGUGUUUUCAGUAUCAUUUUUCCCAUGGAGCAUAAAACCUAUAUACGGGAUUUUGUCCGACUGCAUUCCGAUUAAAGGGAAAAAAAGGAUCCCAUAUUUGGUGAUUUCCACUGUGAUGUCUCUUGUGCCAUGGCUUAUUCUGGGUAUAAAUGCCUCCACAAGGAGUUCCAUAUGGCACCUCAUGAUCUUAUUAACACUGCAGAACCUAGGUUCUGCAAUGGCAGAUGUUGUGGUUGAUGCAAUGAUCGCUGAGGCUGUACGAUUUGAGAAGGCCUCCUUUGCCGGAGACCUUCAGUCAUUGUCAUGGUUAUCGAUGGCUUUUGGUGGAGUGUGUGGGAGUUUGCUAGGAGGAUAUGCAUUAACCAACUUAGAGAUAGAUAUUAUCUUCCUUCUUUUCUCUAUACUUCCAGCCAUACAGUUGUUUUCAUGUGGUUUGGUCGAAGAGAGUUCUAUGGGGGGUGAAGUUUUAUCUGAUUUCUGUAUUUCAAGUGAUUCCCAUCAUUUGAAUGGAAAAGUUAAUGAUUUGGAUGAAGACAGUUCUUUGGAAAAGAAAUCCAAUGUUAGUACCAGAAAAAGAAAGAAGAUCCAAAAGAAAAGCAAAAAGACACAACUUACACGCAGAAAAGCACAGACUCUGAGUCCUGGAAAGGGCAAGUCCCUACCAUUACUGUGGUUCCUGUCCCUGAAAUAUGCCACUUACAAUUUGUGCCGUGCUUUUAAACAGCCUAUGAUUUUGAGACCAAUGGCUUGGUUUUUCCUAGCACACGUUACUGUUCCAAACCUUUCAACAGUCAUGUUCUACUAUCAGACUGAGUUUUUGAAGUUGGAAGCAUCUUUUUUGGGGACUGUACGAGUUAUUGGAUGGUUAGGACUCAUGCUAGGGACAUUUACAUAUAAUCAGUACUUGAAGAAAAUGAAGUUACGAAGAAUUCUCGCGUUGACUCACAUUGGUUUGGCUUUCUUGAAUCUCUUUGAUGUUAUUUUGGUGUCUCGAACUAAUGUUGCCUUUGGAGUAUCAGACAAGACCUUGGUUCUUUGUGGAUCUGCACUUUCAGAUGCCGUCAACCAAUUCAAGUUCAUGCCAUUCUUGAUCUUGUCCGGACAGCUUUGCCCACCAGGAAUUGAAGGAACACUUUUUGCUCUCUUUAUGUCAAUAAACAACUUUGGGUCCACUGUAGGAUCGUUUGUAGGCGCUGGGUUAGCAUCAAUCUUGAACAUCUCUUCAGGAUCUUUCGACAACCUUCUUUUAGGCAUCAAUAUUCAACUCUUCUGCACUUUCAUUCCUGUUGUGCUCCUGUUUUUGAUACCGAAGGAAGCUACAGGGAUAGCGUGAUAACUUACCUUAAGAUGUUUCAGAUGAACAACCAGAGUUGCUAGCCACUGAAUCUGACUCGACUAGAUAUCAUCCUAACAAUUAUAAUCUCUCCAUCAACUUAGUUACUACUAAAAUACAGGUAGCCAUACACAGAAAUUAAUAGCAAUGGAUACAUUGAGUCAUUUGGUUCUUGGUUUACAUCUUUAAAUAUCUUCAUUCUGAUAUUACAAAGGCAUUUUUGUAUAAACCGUUUUUGGUUGAUUGAUUCGUUACUCGAAGGAAUGUAACAAUCGUAAGAAAAGAUUGAGGAUUCA